UUCCUAAAGUAGGUAGAAGGUUACAAAUUAAUCUCAAAAGAGUUUAUAAGUCUUCAAAGAGUUAAUGAGUAGGUUAAAACUGCCUGCUUCUCUUAACUGUCUACAGGCCAGUUGGUCCCAUAGCAUAUAAAGUACCCAACGUGAAUAUGAGAAGUACAGCAGAGAGAGCCAACAAACAGACAGCAGACAGGAGCAAAGGGCUGUGUCUUCUGCAAAAGAUGCCAAAAGGUCUUUUUACUUUCAUUCGUCUUUUUAUGCUCUUACUCAGUUUCUCCACUAUUUGCCUGGGAGUACUUUGCAUGUCCACGAAUUCCUCCAUGUGCAGAUGUGGGAGCAACAAGCUAGUGUUUUAUUGCCUGCUAGCUUUGGGGCUCUGUCUCCUUGUUACUGGCAUUUUCUGGAGCACUUUCCACGAAGUCCUGACAUACAGGGCCCUUGGCAUCUUCAUUCGAUAUCCCAGCCACAGAGAACCACAUGUCUGCACCAUAGACAGGCCUGACUUCUAUCCUCCCUCUUAUGAAGACAGCAUAGAUCCUGAAAAGCUGGUCUCCCCACUGUCAGUUGCCUCCACAAUAAAGCAGCAAGAAUUCAUCAAUAUUCCUCCUCCUCCAUACAGUGAAAGCAGUGCAGAGUUUGUCAGUGAAACAAAUGAGCAGGAACAGCCACCACCAUACAAAUUAUCUCUGGAGCAACAGCAAACAGCUGGCCAAGACCCAGGCCCCAGAAGGGGGUUAAAUUCUCAUACAUUCAUGCAAGAAAUCAGUUGCCAACAGGAUACAGAUUUCCAGAGGACCUCAGGAAGAGCAACACCUGCCAAAACAUGAGAGACAGGCAGCCAGUAA